AUGCUCGAGGGGAGAGCAAGGACGGGGAAGAAGUAGAAAACGAAAACUGUGAUUCCAGGGACGGACGGAACUCUGACACCCUCGAUUCCCCACCCUAGCUUCGCCAGAAGACUAAAGCUGUGGGCACCUUCAGUUUAACGGACUUGGCGGGGGCGGGGGGCGCGAGGUAAAUGGCAGUUUGCAUCCCAGGGGUUCUUCCGCCUCUUCUGGUCUCCUCCUCAGACCGACAAACCCAGCCCCCUACCCGCCGGGUAACAACUCCUGGGACCGUGAAAGAGUCGUCCCCAAAUUCGGGGCCAAAUUCGGGACGUCGGGGUGGCAGCCGCGCCCCCGCACAGCCUCGUGGGGCCCGCCCACGGAGCACCCCGCGGCCGCCCGCGCGUCCAGCUCUCCGGUGCCUUCUCCCGCGCUCGUGCGGGUGCGGGCCGAGCUCGGCGUCCGCAGCUCGCUGGAUGGGGGGCCGAGGCGCGCCGGUGCAGAGGGCCGGGUCGUGCCGAGGCCACAUCCCAUCCUCCUGUGUGGGACCAGCCGGCCCUCUGCCACCCGAGAAGCGAGGGCUCACAUCCCGGGGCCGUCCGGAGCGAGAGGAGUCAAGCUGGGGUGAUCGCGGACAGGAACGAGGGGACGAGGAGCAGAAUGGGCCUGAAAGAGCACCGCCACGCGCCCUCGCGGGGGGGGCUCCGCAAUGGGAACCCCUGUCAACCGCCGCAGGGACGGGGGCUCCGGCGCAGAGGCACCGGCCGUACGUCUGGAAGGGGGAAUCCCCAGUACGGAGUGGCAUGGAGGCCCCUUUGUGUGACUAAAUUUGGCAAGAGUAUGGAUCCGAGCCAGUCUUUCCACGUGUGCUCCCAGCUCCCAGCUGAGAAGGCCAAGGGUUCUCUUCCGGGAAAACCAAUUCGGCUAUUAAGGGAACCUCUCAACAGAGCAGAGGAGGAGAAGGCAAGGUUUCAGAAAGAAGAGCUGUUUACCAGCAAAGCAAACUGGGUUCCACACAGACAUAGCAUAUCAUACACAAAGACUAAGUUCUGGAGGUCGGAGGUCCAAAAUGAGUCUCACUGGGCUAAAAUCCAGGAGUUGGCAGGGCUGUGUUCCCUUCUGGAGGCUCUACGGGGGAGAAUCUGUUUCCUCGCCUUGUCCAGCUUCCAGAGGCCGCCUGCGUGCCUUGGCUGGUGGCCCCUGUCUUCGUCUUUGCAGCGGGCAGAGAGCCAAAGCCUCUUCCAUGUGAGAUAUUGGAGGAGGAGCUAUGGAGCCAGUGGAGGAGAAAGGUACUUGGUCCACUUGAGAUGGCUCUUGGAACCCCCACCCCAACAAUUAACUACAGCUUUGCCAGAAGAGAAGGAAAAAGUUAUACCUGUACCUGCUCCUGCCCCCAGGCCCUAAAUGUGGACCUGAUUCAUCAAAAGACUACAUGUGAAAAACAAAAAAUCCAGUUAUUUCUUUGGACUGCAUUCCCACGACAUUCUUUUUCUCUGGGACUCUGAACCCAUGGAGCCAUUUUCCAUCUCCCGAUACAUGCUUCAGACCCUCUUUAGUUCACUGACCUACUAUACCUCCUUCCCUUGUAUGCAUCCCCACUCCCGGCUUAAUGGUCUGGUAUCUCCUGAUGCUACAAGCUCUGGUCCACAACAAGUGAGUUGGCCUCUACCGCCAGCACUCCCCACUGACACCAUCCAGGGAAAGCAAUCUGGAAGCCUAAUGGUGGGCAUUGGUGCUUUCAGAGGCAGGUUCUUCUUGGACUCCAUUUGAUCAGUGGCUCUGCCAGGGACAGUAACCCGAGGAACACUGGCAGGGCAAAGGAGGCACAUGUUGGUGGCCACAUGGCAGCUGAGAUGCUAGUUUGUGACCUAUUUGAGGUGCCUCUUGGGUUAUCUAAGUAAGAGGGUAGAGCUUGGUGUUUAGAGGAAAACUGGCCUUAGUACUUUAUACUUUCAGGAUACUUUCAGGGCAUGCUCCAGUAUUCUGACUUUACAAAAUGGCCUGUCUCAUCCUUAUUGCAGUAUCCUCUGGAGAGCUGCACAGAAGGGAGACUGUCUGGGCCAAUGGGAAAAGACUUGGAGUCAGGGGACCUGGUUCUUCUCUCAGCGCUGCUACUGAUGAGCCCUUUGGCCUUGGACAGAUUAUUUUACUUUUCUGGAACUUGGUUUUCUAUAAAAUGAUCUACAGUUUCUAGUAGUAAAGGUCCCUUCUAACUCUGUCAUCCUAUGACUCUCUGUCUUUUGUUUUAUAGUUAGAGUAAAAGAAGCACACAUCUUUGGUCAAAAAGUCAAGGGCAGAGUCUAGCAUAUUGGUCAUAUCAAUUCUUUGAAUACGGGCCUCAAAUCCUUUAUGGCAGUAGGCAUAAAUCAUAAAUAAUUCCAGGCUACUACUCCCAGAUUUCUUAGAAGGAUCAGAGCACUGACAUUCUUUGGCAGAUGAAAAAAGAAAUUCAAUUAUCUGGAAUGCAAAGAAAAAAAGAAUAUUCUCUCUUGUUGAAAAUCUUCCUGAAGGGCAGUAGCAGUUUUUCUUGCUUUAGUAAGAACAGAGAACAUAGCAAUAUUUCUUCCAUUAUCAUGGCUCUGUUCUGCUUCAGCAUUAAAAUCUCAAUACGUAUGAUCAUUAUGCAUUCAGUAUUACAUGCUCUGCCUGUAGAAGAUUUAAGAGAUUGGCCUGAAUAUAUACUGUCUUAGGUGUACGUGGAGACAUUUUUAUCAAUUGUAUCUGUGGUCUCUGUGAGUCACUUAAAGUUUGGAUCUUUUUCAUGAAAGUAAAAUGACGAAAAAAAUUUAAAAUAUUUUUUGGAGAGUAGUGGUAGUUAGUGUUCCAUUUCAUUGAGUUCUGGUUAAUUAAGGCUCUGAGAUGUUUAAAGACUUCAGAAACAUAAAACAUUUGUACUGUGUUCUGAGUAUCAAAGACUACAGUUGUUAUUUAACAAGACAGUUGCUCAGAAGCAAAUGUUUUCAGAUGCUGAGAUAGAAGAAACAAUGCGCCAGACCAGCCUGACCUUCCUUGGGUAGGAACUGCUCCCCUUCUGACAUGGUUACUUCUUCAGUAUAGGACCUUGGGGUAGUCUGGCUUUAUUCUAUUUAAAGUGCAUGUUUGAGCCCCUUCUUUGUACAGUCUUAGACCCCAGUGAGCUUGUAUUCUAGUAUUCAGGUAUAAGGCAUAACCCCCACCUAGACCGCGACCAAUUUCCAUGGCCAUGGAAGAGAAAGGGACGGUGAAAAAGAUGACAAAGAAGAAAAAAAAAAGAAGGAAAGAGAUAGAAGAAACAAAAGACUAGGAUUAGUCAUGAAGAGCUCUUGCUUAAUUUUUAAGUAGGAAAAGAGCAUCCAAAUCUCAAUAAGAAGAACAAGAGUGCUUGUGCCCUCCACUUUUGGAGUAGCCAGGGUGGAUCUUUUCCUCUCAUGGGAAUCACGGGCUCUGGGUGUCAAAACUGUAGCAUAUAGUUCAUCCACUGGGCUGCACUGACUCAAGAUUUUCCUGUUCACUGUCAAAAGUAUAUCAUAAAAUUCUGUUCUGAUCACAAUGCUGUUUCAGUCAUGCAAGGAUUAGUGUCAAGAAAGAAAGCGCCAAGCUACUAAGCAUUGAGCUACUUACCUAAAGUAAUUCAGAAUUAAACAACUUUCUUGAUGAUCCUAGAUGUUGGAGGCUUUUUGUAUAUUAUUAGGUAAGAAAGGAAGCUGACGGUGUUCAUUUACAGCCAACCAACCAACCAACCAACCAACUAACCAACGAAAGAAACCAAAUCUCUCUCUCUAUCUCCACAGCUGCAUUCCUGUUAAAUGCAAAACAUUUUUUUUUCUAGUGUUGAUCUUUUGAUACAGCCAUGCCCUGAUUAUUUCUAUGUGGCUUACUCAUUUCAUCAAUUAUCCAGAUAGCUUACUACUUCUCUUGCUUACCUGUUGGCAUCUUUACCAAUAAUGAGAGAAGAGGAUCUCAGGUAACUUUAUUUGGCUAUAUAUUAACGGUUCUUGAAUUAGUUUUAAUGGAGAGAAGGUUGAAACUAAUGGAUACAAUAAAGAUUUUACAUUAUUCCUGUAUUUCAGUUGUUUCUGUCAACCCUAACUCAUGUUUCUACAGGUAUUUGAAAUGUUAUUUUCACUUCUGUAUUUUUAGAUUUCAAGACCAGUUCUGUCAGAUGGCUGAGACCCAACCUUACAAGGUAGUGGUGGUGAUGUUGAUGUGCUCCUGGCUUCAUUCUAGGUAAAUAAAUCAAUAUUUACUCUUUU